AUGGAGGAGGAGGAGGAUGUGCUGAUGCAGGGGGAAGAAGAAGAGGAGGGGGAGGACCAGGCCAUAGGAAUGGAGCACGUGGUCAUGGACAAGAAAGCGGAAGAGGAUGACUUGGAUGAGGAGGAGGAGGAGGAGGAGGGCAAGGCCAAGUCCUCCUCCACCUCCAUGGCCAGGUCCCCCUUGCCCAGAUGCGAACUAACUGAGGAGCUGCCCCAGGACUCUGGGCCCAGCUCUGUCCUCUCCAGCUCCAUGGACCUGGAGUUGUGGCUGGGGCAGCAGCCACUGAGUGGGGGGCACCUGUUGUUUCAGGGGCCGGUGAGCUUUGAGGAGGUGGCUGUGUAUUUCACCGCGGGGCAGGGGGCUCUGCUGGACCCCGCUCAGAGAGCCCUCUACAGAGACGUCAUGCAGGAGAACUAUGAGAACGUGACCUCGCUGGGUGCUGGGAUGGUGAGUGAGGAGAAGAAGCAGAAUCCUCAGCAGGAAGAUUCUGAGCAAGUGGCACCACAUGGGGGAUUAUCGCACGGCUCCAGAGGGAAUGUGUCCCGGCAUCAUGUGCAGGGCAAAGCCUCCCAGCCGAGAAUACCCACAGGAGAGAGAAAAAACACAUGCACUGAGUGUGGAAAACAUUUCACUAACCACUCAGCCCUUUUAAAACAUCAGAGAAUCCACACAGGAGAGAGACCCCAUGAAUGCAGUGAGUGCGAGAAAACCUUCACUCUGAGCUCUACCCUUAGUAACCAUCAGAGGAUCCACACAGGAGAGAAACCCUACAAAUGCUGUGAGUGCGGGAAAAGCUUCACUGUCAACUCAGACCUUAUUGGACAUCAGAAUAUCCACAAGGGAAAGAUACCUCAUCAGUGCUCUGAGUGUGGAAAAACGUUCACACAGAGUUCAGCUCUUAUUACACAUCAGAGGAUCCACACUGGAGUGAGACCCUAUGAGUGCCAUGAAUGCGGGGAAAAAUUCAAUGUCAAGACAGCCCUCAAUACACAUCAGAGGAUCCACAUGGGAGAGCACCCCUAUGAGUGCUGUGAGUGUGGGAAACUGUUCUGUCAGAAAUCAACCCUAAUUACACAUCAGGCAAGGCAUACAGGAGAGAGACCCUAUCAGUGCUGUGAGAGCGGGAAGGGCUUCAGUGUGAGCUCGGACCUCAUUGUACAUCAGAGAAUUCACAUGGGAGAGAGACCUUAUAGAUGCUGUGAGUGCGGGAAAAGUUUCACCCGGGGCCCACCCCUUACAAGACAUCAGGGUGUUCACAGGACAGCGACGCAGCGUAGCAACGUUGUGUAG